AUGGCAGAGAGCCAAGUGGCCGCUGCUGUCGAGUUCAACCAGCUGGGCGGGGACUUACCAUGCUGCAAGGUACUCACCGGGAUGUGGCAACUGUCAGGUGCGCAUGGGUACAGACCGGACAAGGUGAAGACGGUGGAAGCCAUGAAGAAACAUGUUGAAGCUGGCUUCACCACCUUCGAUCUUGCCGACCAUUAUGGAAAUGCAGAGCUCAUGACGGCCCUCUUCCGGAAAGAGCACCCUGAGCUCUGGGCGAAGUCUCAGUUCUAUACCAAGUGGGUCCCGAUGCCCGGCGACAUGAAACGAAGUGUGGUUGAGAAGGCUGUCAACGAGCGGUUGAAGAGAAUGGGCACGGAAAAGCUUGAUCUCCUUCAAUUUCAUUGGUGGGAUUACGGGAGCAAGAACCAGUACAUGGAAGCCCUCAAGCACAUGCAGGACAUGGUGGAUGAAGGGAAGAUCAAUCACCUCGCCCUCACGAAUUUCGACACGCAGAACUUGGAGUCGAUUGUGAAUGGGGGGAUCAAGAUCGUCUCGAAUCAGGUGCAGUACAGCAUCAUCGAUCAGCGACCACAGAAGUUCAUGGCUCCUUUCUGCUCUAAGAAUGAUAUCAAGUUGCUCGCAUACGGCACGGUUUGCGGAGGUUUCCUGACAGAUAAAUAUGUCGGCCACAAGAAACUGAAGAACGAAGAUUUCGACACGGUCUCUAAGCAGAAGUAUUACAACAUGAUCCGCGCUUGGGGCGGCUGGGAUCUGUUUCAGGAACUUCUUGCCAAGAUGAAGAUCGUUGCUGACAAGCAUGGCGUCUCGGUUGCUAACGUGGCUCAAAGAUGGGUCAUCGACCAGCCCUCCACGGGAGGAGCGAUCGUCGGAGCUCGCCUGGGGCUUCAAGAGCAUAUCGACGACAACUUGCGGGUAUUUGGCUUCAAACUGGACAAGGAAGAUUUUGAUCUGAUAGCUUCGGUUACAUCUCAAUCUAACGACUUGUUCAAGGUCAUCGGCGACUGCGGCGAUGAAUACCGCGGAUGA